GCGAAAUGAGAAUAUUUUGCUUUCAUUGAAUUUUAUUAUUCAUCUUUCUUGUAUUCACUUUUAAAUACUUUGUAUUUUCAAUAAACAUCAAUGUGGUUACAUCGCAUAUUUCGAAGGAUGAAACAUGAACAUUUAAAACAUUUUAAGGAUCGUAAAUAAAUGUCUGUUAACUUUACAAUAUACUGGAAUAGCAGUUAUUAAAGGUUGAAAAUGGCUACCAUUCAAGCUGAAAUCGCACAGGUUUGUAGGAACAUGGAAUCAGAUAAAGCAACAGAAAGAAAGAAAAAUGCUGACAAUUUGAAACUGUUGCUACGGGAUACAGAAAUUUUAAAGUUGCUUGAUGCUAAUUCUGAUGGAAGGAAAAGAAAUGUAAUUAGCUGGGACUUCAUUUUAAAAGCAACUCAAACAUAUGUAAGAAGAGAGCUUGAAGUUUUACUUGUCCAGAAGCCAAGAAAUUCUCAAAGUACAUCUUCAAAUGUGGCAAAUAAUAGAGAAAAGAAACGACAGGAGGUGAUGUUACUAUUAAAGCUCAUCAUAAAGACAGCAGAUGAACGUGACAAAUAUCGUUUAAAUGGCAAAGAACUUGUCCAUUACGUCAUCACAAUGCUGAAAACUCAAGAUAAAGCCGUGACUGGUGACUACCUCCAGAUUCUUGGAAAACAUAUUCUUACUUCAAGGACAUAUUGUUGUGAACUUACAUCAGAAAUGUGGAAAGAUCUUAUCAUCCUUGUUUCUGGAAUCAUAAAUUCUCCUACGAGUGAACGUUCAUUGUCAACCAAGACUUUUUCCCAGAUCAUCUCAUCUGCUGUUACUCAACUGGAUAUGUCGUCCAAUAGACUUUUUAAGUUCUUUACAAAUGCCUUUACUGAUAUCAGAAAUGAAACAAAUACUCAAGUUUUGGAGUAUCUUCUCAGCUCGUUACUUACAUUCUCAAAAGCUGUGAUUGUCGAUUGUCGCGGACAGUUGUGUCAACUUGGUGAGGAUCUUCUACCACCGCUUCUGCAGAUUUGGGGCAAACCAUAUAUAUCUGUCAAGAAACCUUUGUUGGUAAAAUUAAUAAAUGUCGUGAUUUUGGUCCAUCCCCGUGUUGAAGAGCUGAAAGCUGGAGCAUUGUGUGUUGACUAUGGACCAUGGAGGCAACUUCUCCAAAAAAUUUAUUUGACGAUAUGUGCUGACCUUAAGCAAGAAAGCCUGAGAAUAAAACAAAGCCCGCUGACUGGCCUUACAGAAGCGGUGAUAGAGCUCAGUGCAAACGUCUUGCACCAGCUGUUUUGGUUUCAUUCCAAGAAAUCACCAGUGCCAGUAGUUUCAGGUCCUGGCUCGUUCAAACGACGUAAAGUAGAAGUUGGGUGGAAUGUUUUAAGAGAUACUUUAACAAACAGUCCAGAGACGUCGGCUUUAUUGGGAUGGUUGCAAAUAACGGCUAAACUUCUGUCAAAAUACCCCAACUGUCUUCCAGAUGGAGAAUAUCUUUCACUGCUAACGUCGUUGCAUCAACUACAGAUUGAACGCAAGAAGCAGGAAAUAAUAUCAGGUGUCAUGGAGUGCUUACAACAUCUUUCGGCUUGUUGUGUUAAGUUGUUGGAACCCAGGCCAAGUGUAGAAGAGAUUUCUGUAAAAACAACGUGGAGAAACGUUUGGCUGGCUGCUUUAAGGACGUGUAGUUCACCUGGGUUACAAAAUGCAAGUUUUCAACUUUUGGAAAGCAUUAUUCAGACGAAACUUGUUGAUGCUGAUACAGAACCUUGGAAGCUGUUGACGGAUGUUGGUUGUAGUAGUUCAGAAUGUUCCUUGCUUUUCCUAUGGCGAUAUUUAGUAACAUUGCCGUUACCUGAACGUUUUCAUUACACCAAUCAAGCCUCUGAAUUAUCUCACUACCCAUUACGUCAUCAACUCUUUGAAUGGUUGCUGCCUUCUGUCAGUAAAAUUGAACAACAAGGAUAUAGUGUGGAAGGUCAUUACUCCAGGAUUUUGUCCAGAUUACCGCUGGGUUUGCUCUCUCGUGUUCUUGUCAUGCUAACACAACGAGUGUGUCAUACUACCAGCGGACUUGCUCACAUUUUGGAUUUCGAAAGGAAAUGUGUUGGGAAAUUUGCUGAAGGUUUUAAAGAAGUGGAAAAUAUUUACCUUCUUUCUUCGUUUAAUAAGAGAACGGAAACUAAUUUGGUGGAUCCUUUAACGUUGGUUGAAGAAAGUACUACAGACAACAAUACUGUGAAAGAGUUGUUGAGUUUUUUGGUUCAGAGAAUGGUUGAAAUUUCCGAGAAAUUAACAGAAAAUUUAGAUGGUGAAUCCAGUGUAUUAUCUUCGCCACAUGGCUCAACGCAAGCUGCUGAAAAACGACAUGAGUUGCUUCCAAGAUUCAGCUGUUUGUCUACGAAAGUUUUAGGACUAUUUCUGUACAUAAAUGCUUUUAACUUCAACGAACUUACAGAAUGUCCUCUUUAUCGUGCCACCAAGAAAGUUUUAAAUGCUGUUUCAAGUAGAAUGGCAGAGUCAUUAGGUCAAAAAGACGACUUGAAAGGAAAAGCAGUUUUAGGAGCGUCCUUCAUUGCCACCUUAAAUGAUUUAUUUUUGUGUGGCCCUUCUACAAACCAAUUCAAUCGUGACAUUUUGGAAGUUGUGAGAUCUAUGACGCCCACAGAAAUGAUUGAAUCUAUGAUGCAAAUUAUUACUAGAGAGCCUGUGCAACCGAACAAGACACACAUGGUACUUGAUGAAUUUGAUGGGACAUUUAUUGAUAACGAGGAAGCUUCAGAUGGUUUUGAAGUAAACAACAGCAUUCCAAAGCCAGCCUUCCAGCCUCCAAUGGCAGAUCAGAAGAUGAACUCAGAAAAUUUGUCAGAAAAUGAAAAAUCAAAAGUUUCGUACAUGAAAAUAGUAUGCUCUUGGUGUACCUGUGUUGAUAAAUCACAUGAUCUCCAAGAUAAUGUGCGGAAUCGUAUUUUUGAAUAUUUUGAAUCUACAGACUUUGAUAUUCUAAAGCCAUUUCAUUCAAAACUAUUCUUUGCUGCGUCUUUCAUUCUGUGCUCUGCCCCUAUUAAAGGCAAACAUGUUUUGGUUGUUCUUCAUCAUCUGAGAACAUUUAUUUCAAAGCACAGAAAAGAUCAGGAAUAUUGCAAGGAAGGUCUUAGUCUACUGACUCUGUUGGCGACACAAUUUGGAAGAUCAGAAGUUAGAGACGAGGCAGAUAUGAAGGAUGCACAAGCGCGUUCGUUGCAUCUCUUGAAGGCGUUUUGUACGUCUUCAAAUUGCCAAGUGUAUGGAUAUGUUCAUUCGUUUUGAUCCUGACAGAAACUGGGCAUUCUUUGAGAUUAAAGACAACAAUAACGAUUCGUCUGUGCAUAUAUCACUUCUCUUCCCUGAGCUUUU